AUGGCUAGUGAGGAGAGUUUCGUAGUGUUGGUUCACCACAGAGGAUCCAUUAAAAGGAAAACUCGUUCCGGUGUGAAGUUCACUAAUAAGGAUCCUCUCUGUAUUAUCGUCAGGCCUACGACGAGGUAUAAGGACCUUGUUAGCUCUGUACUGCUGAAACUUGGUCUCGAAGGUGUGAAAUGGGUUAAGAAGUUUUUCUAUCGCAUUCCAAUCACGGUGCUCCAGGAAACCAUAAAGUAUGAUUGUUUCACGAUCUGGAGUGAUGAGGACUUGCAGGUAAUGUUUCAUUGUCGCCGGCAGUUUCUAGAGGUGAGGACACCAGAACUGUUGGCAAAGUUGGUUGACGUGGUAUCCAGCUCGGGGAGUUCAAACCGGAAUACCACCACUUUAGCCACGGUAGCUGGUUCUAGCUCCAGACCUGCCGUUGCUUCUUCUUCCGUCCCUGCGUACGAGCCACCCAUCCAACUUGUCGCCUCCCCUUCGUUCGCUGUUGAUCUCAACGGCAGUGUAGGCGAUGAGGUCGGAACAGGGGAAUUUUCGCGGACCUCUUUACAGUGUGCUGCAUCGGCUGGGGUUGUAGAUGGAUUGUUGGAUGAUCCAGAGGACGAUGAUGUCGAGCUGGAUAUGAUUGCUGAUGACAGUGGCGAUGAUGUCGGAGCAGAUGAGCCUGCUGGGACGGGCGGUGGUUCUAGCUCUAGUACACAACAGUACCCUCCAUAUUUUUCCUCUUUGGACUUGGAUGCCAUGAGGCAGGAGGGGGUUCCUGGGCAGCCGGCUGGAUUUGGCGCUAGAGAUGGUGAAGGAUCUGCAGGUCUGACAGAGUUUCAGGUUGGUCAGCAAUUUCAAGAUAAAGAAGAGGCCCUGUUAAGUGUGAAGACUUACAGCAUCCGUCGAGGGGUACAGUACAAGGUCGUGGAGUCUGACUAUUGCCGGCAUGUAUGCAAGUGUUCUGAGUUCGGGAAUGGGUGCACAUAG